GGUGGGCGAAGAUCAUCAGACUUGGGGGGUUUCUUCGCUAACGCUGAUGCCAACUAUCUAGGGAGAGACAUAACUGGAGAAAGGCACCACAUCAACAGCUUAGAAAACACCAUCACUGAUAUAGACCCCAUGGAUAUGUCAGAAAGUAUGCAAGAAGCAAUGCACCGUUCAAAUCUGGAAAUGAG